UGUCUCUCGGAUGGUUGACGGCUGCUAACGCCGGAGUUUGAACCCGUGUCCUCCUGUGGUAGGAAGCCCUCUCCAACAACGGCAAACUUUCCCCCACCAGCAGCAAGUUUCCUCUUUGUUAUGCGUUUAUCAGCGAGCAUCUCUGACCUUCUCAUCCUAUUGGCCGCUUUCACUGCACCUGUUCGACCCACCCGCCAAUCACACGCUUCGCUCGGUGUGCUCCAAGAUGGCGGCUUCCAGUGCGCCUUAUCAGACAUCAUCGCAUUUGGUAGCUGAAUAAUACCGUCUCCGUGUCGUUUAAACCGAUGAGGAGGCAGACCAGAAGAAGCCGAGCGGGGCUGAGUCGUCGCCAGUGAAACGCGGAAACAGUUUCCCCCAUGGUUUGUUCGUGCGAGGAGCCGGUCUCGGUCUGAAGGGGGCUGUGUGAUCCGAGUAUGGCCACCGAGAACAGGAUCAAUUUUUGGAGGAGAAACGCUAAGGUUCCCGGAAGUGUGCAACCAGUUUAUGGAGCACAGCAUCCACCUCUAGACCCACGAUUGCGACGGACGUAUCCCAAAGACACAAAGCCCAAGUUCAACAAUCUCAAGUCUAAAAAGGCCUCUAGCUUCCACGAGUUCGCCCGCAGCACCAACGAUGCUUGGGACAUCGAUGAUGAGGAGGACGAGGAUUUCCUCAGGACCCCCGCCCCGACUUCAUCCCUGCCAUCAGGCCUGCACUCUACGUCCACGCAGAACCAGCAGCAGAAUCAGGCCGGUGACACAGAAACUGGGGUGUCACACAGACUGGCACCUCCCAGGACAGAAGCUCAAAACCUCCAUAAUGUGCAGGUGGAGGACACAGAGUGCGAGCGUGUCAAUGGCAAGGUUGUCAAGUCUAGUAGUGACGCCCACCUCAACACGUCCUCAGUUCGCUCCACGCUGCAGAAGCAGCAGUCUCUCCCAGUUCGUCCCAUUAUCCCACUGGUGGCUCGCAUCUCAGACCAGAACUCGUCAGGGGCGCCACCCAUGACGGUGCGGGAGAAGAGCCGACUGGACAAAUUCAAGCAGCUGCUGGCUAGUCCCAACACUGACCUGGAGGAACUCCGGAAGCACAGCUGGUCGGGUAUGCCAAGAGAAGUCCGGCCAAUCACAUGGAGACUUCUCUCUGGCUACCUGCCGGCCAACAAGGAGCGCAGAGAGCUGGUGCUGAAAAGGAAGCGAGAAGAAUACUUUGGCUUCAUAGAGCAGUAUUACCACUCCAGAACAGACGAGCACUAUAAAGACACAUACAGACAGAUCCACAUCGACAUUCCAAGAACCAAUCCACUGAUUCCCUUGUUUCAGCAGCCCGUAGUACAAGAGGUGUUUGAGCGUAUUCUCUUUAUCUGGGCCAUCCGUCACCCAGCCAGCGGUUACGUCCAGGGAAUCAAUGAUCUGGUCACACCCUUCUUUGUCGUCUUCCUGUCUGAGUUUGUCACGGAGGAUGUGGAGAACUUUGAGGUGGCAGCGCUGCCUCUGGACACCCAGAGAAACAUCGAAGCUGACAGCUUCUGGUGCAUGAGCAAGCUGCUGGACGGAAUACAGGACAACUACACCUUUGCUCAGCCUGGAAUCCAGAACAAAGUGAAAGCUUUAGAGGAGCUGGUCAGCAGGAUAGAUGAGGACAUUCACAAUCAUUUCAAGAAGUAUGAGGUGGAGUACCUGCAGUUUGCUUUCCGGUGGAUGAACAAUCUGCUGAUGAGGGAGCUGCCGCUUCGUUGCACAAUCCGUCUCUGGGACACCUACCAGGCUGAAGCAGAGGGUUUCUCCCACUUCCACCUGUACGUCUGUGCUGCUUUCCUCAUUGAGUGGCGCAGAGAAAUCCUCUCCAUGGUUGACUUUCAGGGCCUUCUUAUGCUACUGCAGAACCUUCCUACAAUCCACUGGGGUAACGAGGAAGUGGGUCUCCUCCUGGCUGAAGCUUAUAGACUGAAGUACAUGUUCGCAGACGCACCCAGCCACUACAAGAGAUAGGCCCGAGGCUACAUCACAGCAAACACUGGAUGGACCCACUGUAUCUGACAUACUCCAGACAUCAAGUGUUGUCUUUGAGGUAACCUGGAAGAGACUGACGUAUUCAAGUGCAGCUCCAGGACACCUGUUAUCUCAGAGCCACAAAACUUAUGCUAUCUUGGUUUACUUAUCCUGUUUUUGGUCAUGCAACAUUGAUUGUCUCUCAAGUGAAAUGUACACACUCAGAAGAACAUGCUGUAAUAUAACGGGAUGAUGAAUGUUUGUGAGAUCAUCCUUUUAGUGAAAGACAGAUUCUAUUUUUUUGCAGAUUUUGUUUUAGUUGUUGUUUUAAAAAGGGAAAAAUAUUAGGUGUAAACCAGGCAAAUACAAUAUGUCAUUUUCUGUUUUAAAACUUAUUUAGUCUGACACUGUAAAGCUGUUACAACUAAGAUGGACUUUGGGUUCCCCCUCCCCCUUUCAGAUAUGAGAGCUCAUUUGUGAGUAGACUUCUGUUUUGGUUUAUGGUUGCCAAAUCUGCACUGCACAAUCAACUAAUAAAAGUCCUUCGUUUGGACUUCAAUCAGGCAGUUUAAUUGGUUGGCAGUACUGAUAUUUUGGGUUGUAUUUAGUAUAAGACCUAAGAGUAGCAAAUAGUAGGUUGUGUUUUGGGUUACAAGUGGAGGAACUAAUUUGGUAUCAGUUUGCCUUCCUGGUCAUUAUGAAUCAGCUGAUCAAGAGGAAGUUUUGAAUCACUGUGAGGCUCUUGGGUAUAGCUCGUGUAACAGUGGUAAAAUUUUAAUUUUAGUGCCUCUGAAUGGACGAGGAAAAAUGGAGAACUUAACUGGUUAAUGUAGCUUUGAAAUUCCCGUUCAUAUGUCAGCCGAAAUGGGUCUAAUUUAAUUUUGGAACAGACUGAGAUGAAUCUAAAAAAUGUUUUAUAUUUUAGACAGUUGGAAUACAGUUUUAGUCAGAUUGUGGCACAUAUUACCACUCUUACAACUGGCACAAAAUGACAUCAGUAACAACUGGUCUGUUUUGGCCUAAGAGUGUUGAUUUAACCAAACUCGAUUCUUUAUGCAGAACAAUGAGAGCAGUGGUCUUAUAAAUAAUUUUAUGAUAUCUACGAAGUAUCUAAUGAGGUACCUGCGGUCACUGUAAAAACUGUAUAUGCAUAACAAUUAGUUAAAAAUGUUCACUUUCCUCAGUUUAGAAUCAUUUUAAAUAAUUGUUUAUGGGGUUGAAGAUAUUUUUUAAAUGCCUCUGUCAAUGCUUGUCGGUACUGAAGGACAUUUGGUCACACCAUCCUACUUGAGACAGUCCUGUGGACACAGUGCAGCUCAGAAUAUAUGACGAUGCCUUUUGUUAUGAGCAUUUGUAAUUUUCUCCUGUCUUUUUAAAGGGUAACAUGGAUAAAUUCUUCAUCAUUAAUGCUUGUGUUUUAUAUUUGUUUAUGGUUCAGGUCAGUGACAUGAUCCAAGAAACUGUUUAUUUGUGACUGCAUUUUAUUUGGAAGGGGGGUGUGUAUGUGUGUUACUACUCAUCUACCUUCAUUACCAGUGAUAAUUAUAACACAGUGUAUGUUUGAAAGAAAUGACAAUCAUUAGCCUUUUGGUUACUUUGAUUUCCCUAACAUUAGAUGUGUUUUUAAGGUUUUUGCUUUGGUCGUUUGCUUCACGUGUAAAAACUUAACCAUCCUGAAGCAAAUGCGUUGUUAGGCUGUAGCAAAAUAGAUUACAACUAACUGAAUGGAGAAACAUCUUUCAUGGGUAGAAUGAAUCUUAAUUCAUAUUCAGGAAGUAUUCAGUCCUUCUGAAAUGUGGCAGUUCAACCAUAGCUUGAACUCUAAGUUACUUUAUGGCAUUAUAUUCAGUGAAGUGCUUCUAAAGAUACUAUGGUACUUAAAUUGAGUCCAUGAAAAAGAUCAUUUUUGUGUGUGUCGUAUGCCUAUUUAUGGUUCAUUCAUUGUCAGUUAAGCCACCUAUAAUCUUGUGUUACCCAUCUGAAACAUUUUGAAUGUUUUGUGAGUGUUACAGUAUACCUUUAGCCUUAAAGUAGGUUUUCUUCAUUCAGGUGCGCCAACUGAUUGUGUCACUACCAUGCUGGUGUUGUUCACUCCAUGCUGUUUUUAUCUAAAGGUCAUGUGUCCUCAACAUAUGGUGUUGAUAACUAAAGGCUGACAAAAUGAAAACUUGUAUGCCAAAUCUUUAUUGGGCCAAUACAAUCUGUUUUAGAGUGCUUCUGUAGUCAGUGCUGGCUUCAGCCUAAAAUGAAGAAUUAUUAAAUUAUUACAGUACCUGCUGUAUAUAAACUUUUUGUUUAUAUUAAACGAUUGUUAUUCUUCA